AUGAGUGGAUUUCGUCUUCUUGAUUUGGUCAAGUUCUUCUUACCAAUCUUACCAGAGAUUGAAUACCCAUUUGAAAAAAUACCAUUUGACGAAAAAAUUGUUUUCACUGUGGGUUCAGCUAUUAUUUUUUUAUUUGGUCAAUUACCAAUUUAUGGAUUAAUACCUAAUGGUCAAUUUUAUUUAUUAGAUCCAUUUUCUAAUUUUAGAUCAAUUUUUGCCAUGAAUAAAGGUACUUUAUUAGAAUUAGGAUUAUUACCAAUCAUUACUUCAGCAUUUAUUUGGCAACUUGGUGCCGGAUUAAAAUUAAUUAAUGUUAAUUUUAAAUUAAGAAUUGAUCGUGAAUUGUUUCAAACUGGUCAAAAAUUAACUAGUUUUAUUUUCAGUAUUGUUUUCGCUAUUGGAUUGAUUUAUUCAGGAUAUUAUGAUAAUGCCAUUAGAGGUUAUAAUCCUUUAGAAGAUGGUAUUCCUUAUGGACCUUAUUCUUUGAUUUUAUUACAAAUUACUGCAUGGUCAUGGAUUGUCACUUUAAUGGUAGAAAUCUUUGAUAAAGGUUAUAGUUUUGGAUCAGGGAUUUUAUGCUUCCUUGCUAUACAAUCUUCAACUAAUUUUAUUGCCAAUUUAUUAGGAUUAGAAAAUUUCCCAAUUCUUAAUUCUAAUAAAUUUGAAAGUUAUGGUGCCUUGAUGAAUUUAAUUAAAAAUUUUUCAAUUUUUAACCCUAAACAAACAGUUUAUCAAAUUUGGCAUUCAUUUUUUAGAAUCCAAUUACCUAAUUUAACUCAAUUUUAUAUUUCAUUGGCAUCUAUUUUAAUUGUUGUUGCAUUACAAAAUUUCCGUAUUGAAUUGCCAAUUAGAUCUACAAAAGUUAGAGGUAUGAAUAACGUUUUCCCAAUUAGAUUAUUAUACACUGGUGGAUUACCGGUAUUGUUUGCCUAUAGCGUAGUUGCCAAUAUCCAAGUUAUUGGUUAUUUGAUUCAUUCAAUAUUAUCCAAACUUGGUACUUCACCAAUUGUUAUUUCUAUAAUUGGAAAUUAUGUUUAUAAUCCAAUUUCAAAUGAAUUAUACUUGAAUUCAGGUAUCUUGAAUUAUUUUGCAAGUUCAUCUUCAAUUGUUCAAUCCAUUAUUUCACAAAUUAAAACUACAGUUUAUUCCGCCACUAUAAUUAUUUUGGCAGUUUGGUUUGCCAAUAAAUGGAGUUACAUUUCAGGUAGUUCACCAAAAGAUAUUUCCAAACAAUUUAAAGACCAAGGUAUUUCUCUCGCUGGUAAAAGAGACAUUUCUAUCACCAAAGAAUUAUCAAGAGUCAUUCCCGUUGCUUCAGUCAGUGGUGCUUUUAUCUUGAGUGUCGUUGCCUUGAUUGGUGAAUUCUUUGGUGGGUUAGGUUAUGGUGUUGCCAGUAUUAUUGGUGUAACAUCAUCUUUUGCUGUUUUGGAAGAAUUCAUGACUGAAUAUCAACAAAAUGGUGGUGGACAAUUUAGCAAUGCCCUUGCUUCCUUCCAAUAA